GGAGAACAGCGGUGGGAGGAGGCAGGAAGGGAAGCGUCUCUGAACGCGCGGCCGUUCCCCCAUCUUGCCGGGGGGGGGGGCGGGGGAGUGGGUGCGGACGCUCGUUGGCGGCAGUUCGCCGCGGUUGCCAUGUAAGAUCCUGACAGGAUCGGUUCGCGCGUUGGGAGUCGUCGUCCGCCCGGAAAGGCGGCUGUGGCUGUUGAGGGGAGACGAGGAGCUUCGAGAAGCGGAGAGGAGAGGAGAGGCGGUGACAAGACAGUCAGGAGGAGUUGGGAGGGGGGACGACGACGACUGUGCGGUCGGGUCGGGUCGGGGCCGGUAGUCGGUCAGGAUGUCGGUGGCCGGGCUGAAGAAGCAGUUCUACAAGGCCAGUCAGCUGGUCAGUGAAAAGGUGGGCGGUGCAGAAGGAACCAAACUAGAUGAAGACUUCAAAGACAUGGAACGGAAAGUGGAUAUCACCAGCAAAGCUGUGAUGGAUGUGUUGACCAAAACCACAGAGUACUUGCAACCCAACCCAGCAUCCAGAGCAAAACUCACAAUGCUGAACACAAUGUCAAAGAUUCGAGGGCAAGUGAAGAAUCCAGGCUACCCUCAACCGGAAGGGCUUCUCGGAGAAUCCAUGAACAAAUUUGGACGGGAUUUGGGUGAAGAAUCAAACUUCGGAGGAGCGCUCAUCGACGUUGGUGAAUCAAUGAAGAGGAUGGCAGAGGUGAAGGACUCUCUGGACAUUGAAGUCAAACAGAACUUUAUUGAUCCAUUACAGAGUCUAUGUGAUAAAGAUUUGAAAGAAAUACAGCACCACCUGAAGAAGCUGGAGGGCAGGCGCUUGGAUUACGACUACAAGAAGAAACGGCAGGGCAAGAUCCCUGAGGAGGAGAUCAGACAAGCCAUGGAGAAGUUUGACGAGUCCAAAGAAGUGGCUGAGACCAGCAUGUACAACCUUUUAGAAACUGACAUCGAGCAAGUGAGUCAAAUGUCAGCCCUGGUGGAGGCCCAACUUGAUUACCACAGACAAGCGGUACAGAUACUGGAUGAGCUCUCAGACAAACUAAAGGAGAGGAUACAAGAUGCUUCCGGUCGUCCCAGGCGUGAAUAUCAGCCCAAACCUAGAAGUAGUUAUUCCGAUUACGGAGAUACAGACCAUUCUAAUGGUGGCUUCUCUUACAGCGGACCAACAAAAACACAAGCUUCGUUCCGCUCAGAAAAGCCACGGACGGCAUCGGCUGGGUCUCCUCCUCACCUCGAUCAGCCGUGCUGCAAGGCGCUGUACGACUUUGAGCCAGAGAACGAGGGGGAACUUGGAUUCAAGGAGGGGGAUAUCAUCACACUGACCAACCAGAUCGACGACAACUGGUAUGAAGGAAUGCUCCACGGCCAGUCGGGAUUCUUCCCAGUCAAUUAUGUCGACGUCUUGGUCCCAUUACCUCACUAAACGUGCUGAACUGGACACCGGAACUGAUCCAAAUGGAGGGAUGCUUUUGAAACAUUCCUUUAAUUUAAGAACCCACGUCGUCCUCUGUUUGUUCCCACAGUACAGUGUUCCGUGGCAUCCAAUGCAUCGUGUCAUUUUGAAUCGACAGGAAAAAUGUGUUUGAUUUUUUUUUCCCUGGGUUAAUGUGAGGUCUGAAGUGCACCCGAGCUGCUCUGAAUGUCCUCCAGCAGGUGUGUGAGAGGUCGGUGUUCAGGAGCACGGAUCCUUUUCCUUAACGUUCUGGCUCGGGCUGACAGAAGCGUAAGAGCCGAAUUAGACUUUUCUUUUUGAUUCCCUCCUCUCCUCCUCCUCUCCUCUCGGGGGCUGCCUGCCUCGUGCUGGGAACAGUCGUAAGGGUGCUGGGCGCCCGUUGAAACCUGCCCAAGAGGCCGUUCUUUAUCUGAGCCCAGACGCGGUCUGCAGGUUAUCCAAUAGCCGGGAAGGAGAGGGGGGGCAUCGCAGCUGAUUCUGUGAAAGUCGCAACCCUUGCGAACCUCACACUGUGGCUGAUUCUGUCCUCGCCGCUGCAGUUUUUAGCAGUGAUCACUGGAGAUUGGGUUGGGAACAGGAACCAAACUGAUUUUUAAAAAAAAAAGAAAAAAAAAAUCCUCUUCUUUCCACUCCCUCCCACCUCCCCAUCCCCCGAAAAAAAAACAGGCCGAUAGUUGUCCCAAAUGCUGCUCCAGCCAGGAACAACUAAACUCAGGCCAGGAACCUGAACUUGUGCUCUGUGUAAUGUAGCUCUGACCCAGAUUGUGGCUUUACCCGGUGAGCCAUCGGAGUCAGAGGAGCACAUCAUUUGAAACACCAGCGUAGUAAGUGGUACCUAAGGAGGAAUGGUGAUGCUCCUGUUAUUUAACUCGCUGAGAGCAGGCUGUGGGCAUUGUAUCAGACUGCUGCAGGCCAGCAGGACAUGUCCAUGGGGAGGUGAGAGCUGUGAGGACCUCAGCUUGGAGUAGCACAGGUCACCGCCAGAGUGCGGCGCAAAUGGACAAAUCGUUUCUUAGCAGUAAAGUGGGAUGUGGGGAGUAAGGUGCUAUUCUCCUUCCCCCUCUUUGCAUUAAGUACUCCCUACAGCAUUGGCCGUCAGUCAUUUUUACCCCAUGUCGAGAAAGGGUUUUUGCUCCUCUUUAUUUCCUUUUUGAGGGGAUUAAGGAAACCCUAUCUGUCCAAUGAUUAGUGAUGGGGAAUAGCCUCAGACUUGAGGUGGUCAAAAAUGUACCAGCGACUGCCUUAACACAGGGGCAAGUCCCCCUCUGUUCUCCUCGGCGGAGCCGUACCCUCGUAAGGAAGCUUCUCAUUCUCAGUUCUGACCUAAAUGCUCCUCUUCCUCAUCCUUAUCCCUCUCCAGCUCUGUUAAUCAAGAUGCAUCUUUUCAACAAACCGUAAGUAACUCAAGUCUGGGUGUGUGACACUGCUACUUAGCUCGCUCUGAAAUGGAUCGGAACAGUAGCUUCUUAAUUUCUCUUUCCUCAUCCGCCACAUCACAAGUUUCUUCAACCUCAAGCCCCCACCCGAAGGUGUUGACUCAAGCACUUUCCCAUAGAUGGACUUCCCUCUCCCGCCUCGCUCAGAUAUCCAUUCUUUGCUUGUCCAAGAGUAGGGGCGGUUUGGAGGGGGCAUUGCAGCCGAGCUAAUUCCGUUCUGAAUCAAUGUGCUUUCCAGUCACUUCCAGCAGGGAAUCUAGCAUUGCAAUUAAACCCCUUAGCCCCCACCUCUCUUUUUGCUUCCUUUUUCUCUCCUCCCCAAGCCCAGGAAUCUGAGGCUGAAUGUAAAGUCCAGUCAGUCCCUUGGCCGAGAUUGGCUGUUUUUUUUUCUAAUAUUUUUCUUUGCAGCUGUAAAAGGCAGUGAGAUCGUGGCUACGGAAUAUUGUUGCUAAAGUAAUCAGUUGCAGGAUUUAGAUAAAAGCUAACAAUACCUAAUGGAAAACCCUAUCAUUUUUUUCACAGAUUAAAGUUAAUCAUUUUGUCAAAUUUAGAAAAAUAAGUCCAGAUUAUUAUUUAAUUUGCUUUUCGUUCCCGAGACGCCAGAGAGUGGCGAAUCCUGGACCGUAAUAAAGGUUGGAAUUUUUAAUGCCAUGAAUUUGUUGCAGUUAACACGUGCUGUUUAAAGUGCUGUACGUGGCUCAGAGAAUUUUUCAGUUGACUACAAUUAUGGAAUCUUAAUAACCAAAUGGCAGUGUUAUCUUUCCAUCUGUCGACCGUUCAGAGAAGUUGGGUGGAGGGAUGGGGUGGGAGGUGAAGUCAAGGUGGGCCUUUCUGAUAUGCCUUGUCUGCCAUGAUCCUGUCUCAGGGCUCCUGUUCUUGGCCGUGGGGCUGCUAAUCUCCCUUUUACUUUCUGCGUCCCAGAGGGUGGGAGUUCUAACAAAUUAAAAUUUUGACACUUGCCUUCCCCUCCCCCCCCCCCCCCACAUUCUCUCUGUAGGGCUUGCUGUCUGUAUAUGUGUGCGUCUGCCUCUGUGUAUGUGUGCAUCUGUCUCUGAGUAUGUGUGAGUCUGUCUGUAUCUUAACCUCUCUUCUAUCUUUGUGUACGUAUGCACGAGGAAGUUGGAGAUAUUUUCCCCCAGAAUUCUUGAUCUGUUCGAAAAAUCCCCGGAUGGUAUCUGUUUGGCGAUGCAUUUCUGCACAAGUGUCUUUUUGUGCAUCACACUGCAUGGAUAGGUCUCCCCCUAUUUCCUUUUCUCCCUCUCUUGCUCUCUCUGAAACUGUGUGUACGAGUGUGUGUGUGUCUCACUUGAUCUUUGUAUCGUUCUUUGUUUGUGUCUGUGCGUGUGUGUGUGUGCGUGUGUUUGUUGUAUCUGUGCAUGAGUGCGUGUCUUUCUCUGUAUCUUUCUCCGUGCAUGUGUGUGUGUGUGCGUGACUGUCAGUCACUCUUUAUCAUCUGUGUGCACGACUCUUGCAUUGGGCCACUCUCCUAUAUUCACGCGUAAGUAACUGGAAUGGAUUUGAAACUUUGUUUUGUUUUUGCCCGGCGCUCGAAUAAGCCUCGACCUCGAUACCUUUGGCCUGCACUCUGUCGUUUAACUGUCGUGAAAGUUUGAACCAUUUCGUACCGAUGUCUGCAUUGACCUCGGAAUGUGACAAAUGAUCCCAGUGUAAGACCUGCAGAAGUGUCCUCGGUUGGAGACUGGGCCACGGAACUCCCAGAUUCACACUUAGUUCUUUGUAAACACUAAUCACGACGUUCCACGUAUAUCAGUGUCGUACUUUUUUUUUAUACCGUCACAGAGGGCUUUGUGAGAGUUAACAAUCUGUGAUCGUAUCUGUACUAAUGCUUUAAGAACCUGAUCUAUCUUUUGAUAAAGAUAUAAAGUUAUGGACUUGUAACUCAAAAUAUGUAUCUUUUUUUACCGUUUAAUCCUGCAUGUAGUAUGUAUAGAACUAUACACUGUAGUGUUUUUUUUUGUUAGGAUUAUGUAAAGAAUAAACCAGCAGCAGGUGACUGGG